UUUAGAAUCUCAUGAUGUCAAGAUGUUAAAGCCUAAAUCCUAAGUUCUGACUGUGAGGGGGAGCGAGGGUGUCUAGAGCUGGAUCGACCCUUGAGUCUUCACCUGGAGGGUCCUCUGCACAAGUUCAGAGAGCACGGCAACCCGCAGCAAUGGUUCUCAAGAGGAGGCAACUUCGCCCUUACACGCCUCUCCCAUCCUCGCUGGGACACUAGGCCACGACUGGGGGAAGCGGGAGGGAGAAUGUUAACCCCCUGGCAUGUAUCUAGUCAGCUGAGGCGACGGAUGCUGCUAAGCACCUUACAAUCCACCGCGGGAGGGCCCCUCCCCCACCCCGAAGUAGCAAUUCUGCGGAGGUGGAGAAACUCGGUUGUAGAUCAAUGCCCACGCACUUGGCCGAUGGUAAAUCACGAGUUGGUGACCAAUUGGAUUUUGGAUCUGAGGAAAAAACUCCAGCGUCAGAGGGAACUCUGGAAGUUUUGCCCGGAGCAAACGGAAGGGUGGCGUUGCCAUCGCCUAAAAUGGGAAAAUGGCAGGUGUCACAGGUUGCAGGGGAAGGUGCGUGACCAGGUGAGGGCCCCGGAGCCUUCCCGGAAAGAGUUUCCCAUGCAGCCCGUCUCGGUUUCCGCAUCCGUCGGGUUCCUUAUGAUGUUGAGGGUGCCGGGGUCUCGGUCCUUUAUGAUGCAGAGGGUAUCCCCGUCUCACCCCGGGCCCCUCCCCGCUCCCGCCUCCUCCUGGCAACCUGGUGCGCGACUCCAGACCUGGCGACCCGCGACCGUCUCGUCAUUCGCUGCAGCCUCGCAAAGGCGCAUCUCUAGGCCAGUGGUGAGCUGCGGCCGGGUUGCUGCAACUCGCUCCAGGACUGGGGAUUCGUGGCCUUGGUGUCCCUCGCGGAGCCCUCGGUGUGUCGCCUGCAGGCUCUUUGUUUUGAAGAAAGUAGGGAGGGAAAGGCCUUGUGAGACGACUCCAGGAGCAAAGAGCGACCCUUACAAGGCCCACGUCCUCCCAGAGCACAGGGGAACUGUCGCCUUAGACGGAAGAAGGAAGAGAAAGCAGCUUCUGGUG